CUCUUCUUCGAUAUAAACUUAUAUAAAACCCGACGACCUCUUUUAUCUCUUUCACAAUUCAGCUCCCAAUCUCGAAAACCUAAUAAUCAUCUAUCAUUCUCCUAAUCUCUCACUCGUGAUCAAGAUGCAGAUCUUCGUUAAGACCCUCACCGGAAAGACAAUCACCCUCGAGGUGGAAAGCUCUGACACAAUCGACAACGUCAAAGCCAAGAUCCAGGAUAAGGAGGGUAUUCCACCGGACCAGCAGAGGUUGAUCUUUGCCGGUAAGCAGCUUGAAGAUGGCCGUACCUUGGCUGACUACAACAUCCAGAAGGAGUCUACGCUUCAUCUCGUUCUCAGGCUCCGUGGUGGUAUGCAAAUCUUCGUUAAGACUCUCACUGGAAAGACCAUCACUUUGGAGGUGGAGAGCUCUGACACCAUCGACAACGUUAAAGCCAAGAUCCAGGAUAAAGAGGGUAUCCCACCGGACCAGCAGAGGUUGAUCUUUGCGGGAAAGCAACUUGAAGAUGGCAGGACAUUGGCUGAUUACAACAUCCAGAAGGAGUCUACACUUCACUUGGUGCUAAGGCUUCGUGGAGGUAUGCAGAUUUUUGUGAAGACUCUCACAGGCAAGACCAUCACACUGGAGGUUGAGAGCUCCGACACUAUUGAUAACGUGAAGGCUAAGAUCCAGGACAAGGAAGGUAUCCCUCCGGACCAGCAGCGUCUCAUCUUCGCUGGAAAGCAGCUUGAGGAUGGUCGCACAUUGGCUGACUACAACAUCCAGAAGGAGUCGACCCUUCACUUGGUCCUCCGUCUCCGUGGUGGUUUCUAGACUCUGUUAUGGUUACGCAAAAGUUUCUUUUAAAACUUGUGUAUUUUGGGGGCUUUACCAGCACCCAAAUAAAUAAUUGAUGAACUAUGUUUGCGGCUUUUUUUAUUUCUCUUCUUUCUUUCUGAAGGCAAAUCGAAUGAAUGGAAUUAUAUCCUUCCAAGUAAAACUCCGAUUGUUUCCUCAA